AUGAAGGUUUUUCUCCAGUGUCUCUUCCUGUUGGCAUCGUUAUCAGUGUCAGAGGGUAAGACGGCACAGAUUAAUGAGGGCAAAUAUUCCAUUCUGCCAACUUUCCUCCCAUUCGAGGCAAGCAGUCGAGAACCAGACGAUGAAAACAUGAACAAAGAGACCUCAGAUGAUGGAGAGCUAGCAGAGCAAUUAAUCUCAGGAGCUCCAGACGUAUCUGAUGAAGAUCAGCGAAGAACUGCUGUUCUUUUAAGUGAAGAGGCGCUUACUGAACUUCUACAGGAUGUGGAGGAAGACAAUGAAGAUGAUGGUCAAGACAAACAAAAGGUGACAGGAUUAAUAACGGAGACGAGGGUUUCUCAAAAGGAAGAACAGUGGGAGCAACCAAAAGAACAAGUCGUAAGCAGUACUGAUUUAGAAAUACCUUUGGAUUUACAAUAUGAUUCUAAUAGUGAGGCAACAGAUGCUUUUCAAAGUGAGUUUAAGGAAAAUGUUCCACUGUCUGUCCAGGUUUUGGACGUUCUUCCCACAGCCAUGAUGGACUAUGAUUAUCAACAGUCCAACCAAGACCCAGAGGAUCCCAAAGAUGAAAUCCAAGAAACUCCAGCAGACCCAACGGUUCCGACGUAUCCACAAUGGUCUUUAAACGACCCGAACAAUGUAGGUGAAGACCGAGACAAAGGGAACAAAGAAUCAGAGCUCCAAGAUGACAGAAAUAGUACAGAACUGGUAGAAAAACAAACAGAGGAGAUAAAAAAUGAAAGCACCAUUGAUGCUAAGAGCAAGGACAAGAAGAAAAGAAAGAGACACCAUCUGAUAAAGGUGCAGAAUGACCAGGUCCCCACAGAGGAUGGUCAACACCAAGAUCUUGAGAUAAAGGCAGAUAUCACAGUCAACACAGCAGAAACGACACACAGGAAAAGAAAGAAUUGGAAAUGGACUUCUCUAUUAGGUCUGAACCCAGUGCAGAUCAGAGCUGCGAUGGAUCUUUUCCCCAGAAUCAGACCCACAUCACAAACCAAACACAGAGCCGGAAUCGAUGGACAGGCAGCUCCGAAUGAUCCGUGUAGAAAUGUCCACUGUAAAAGAGGAAAAACGUGUGAGCUGAAGGAUGAAAAAACGCCCGUCUGUGUUUGUCAGGAACCUGCAGAUUGUUCUUCAAGUCUUGGAAAGUUUGACCAGGUUUGUGGAACUGAUAACCGGACGUACGAUUCGUCCUGCCAGCUGUUCGCCACCAAGUGCAGCCUCGAUGGCAGCAAAAAAGGACACAGACUGCAUCUUGACUACGCCGGUUCUUGCAAAUUUAUUCCACCAUGUGCUGAGGCGGAGCUGGUACAGUUUCCACUGCGUAUGAGGGACUGGUUAAAGAACGUCCUGCUGCAGCUCAACCAACAGGAUCUCCUAACAGCCAAGCAGAGAUUCAAAGUCCAGAAGAUAUAUGAGAGUGAGAGGAAUCUCCAUGUAGGUGAUCAACCUGCAGAGCUGUUAGCUCUGAACUUUGAGAAGAACUACCACAUGUACAUCUACCCAGUGCACUGGCAGUUCGCACAACUGGACCAGCAUCCAUCAGACAGGUUCUUGUCUCACUCUGAGCUCGCUCCUCUUCGUGCUCCUCUGGUUCCCCUGGAGCACUGCGCUUCGGUGUUUUUCUACCAAUGUGAUGCAGACGAGGACAAGCUGCUGUCGUUUAGAGAGUGGUGUCAUUGUUUCAGCAUCAAGGAUGAGGACAUGGACACAAAUCUACUGUUCUGAUGCUCUGAAGUCUCAAAGAGUCUCAACAAAAAGUCUCGACAAAGUGUCUCAAAGAGGAGGAACACAUCUGGAGGUAGUAGAACAAAUAUGAUGGUCAGCUUUUGGAUACAAUUCUUCAGAAAAAUGUCAGCUGUACACUGUUACUUGUUUUGUUCCAGUAUAUAGAUUAAGAUGUUUUGUCUGUAGCUACGUAAUAA